AUGUGCCUUACUGCUGUGGAGACUUGUGGCACAUUCUGCAAUGAUGCUCUCCCGCCGUCAGCCAUCAGAGCGCUCAUGGCGAGCGCGUCGCGAGGCUUCCUCACCAACUCGAAGAGAGGCCACCGCAUCUUUCGAAAGGUGGCGGGGGCCGUGUGCCGGCGUGCUCGAGAGGAGCUCGGUGGUGCAGGCCUUCUCUGGUCAAAGGCCGCCUGGGAUGGGAGCCUGCAUGCCGCGAUGUCGGGCCUCAAAGAGUUCGCAGGCACUGCAGACGCGGCCCUGCACCAGGGCUUCGAGAAGGUCUUGACGUCGAGCAAGCAGGCCCACCUGGAGGGGCUGCGGCGACCAGCGAGCGCCUCCCGUAAAGCUCGCAAGACUGCUGCAAGCCCGGCAGCCACAAAGAAGGCCCGGCCCCCAGCGGGCGGCGCAUCCAGGAAGGCGAGGAAAGCGAGCCCGGAGCCACUGGCCAGCUACCUCUUUGGGGACAAGGUUCCACACAGCCUCCUCUGCGGAGAAUGCAGCAACCCCGCGACCUGUGCGGUGCGCGGGGGCAAGGGGAGCAACCUCAAGUACUUCUGCGGAGUGCAUCGUGAGGUCACGGGCUGCUUCAAGAUCGAGGGAACCCGGGAAGAGUGGGCACGUAACUAUGAAGAGUACAAGUUGAAGGCAGAGCUGGCGCGAGCGCUUGACGAAGAGUCGCGGCUGAGGGGCAAUUGGGAUUGUGACGGAUGGCAUGAAAGCGGAUACUGGGGGGAUGCAACACCCAAAAGCAGACACCUGAUAGCAAAGCUCUUGAUCAUGGGUGGAAUCGAGAGCAACCCGGGACCAUCGUCAAUCGAAGCCAGCCCGGAAGGAGAGCGUCUUUCAGCAUCAGGAGGAAACACACCAGCAUCUGACGGCGGCGUCGCUGGAGCACCGCAUCCUCAUGAUGCCGCGACCAUUGCUUGUGACGCCAACGACGCCCCUGAAGCCCUAACCGCACAUGCGGAGGUGCGGAUGGAUUUGCGUGCAUCCUGUGUGGGCACAAAGAGGCCGCUGGAGCAGGUGCUCCCACAAGCAGGACCGUCGGGGGGGAGGAUGAGGAGACUCUUCAAGGUCUCAGAACUUGUCAGCAGAGCCCAAGUGGACCAUGCUGCAGAGAACGUGGACGAACCAGCUCCUGAUGCUCGCGCACGGGAAGCAGGAGAGCUGGAGGAAGACCUCGGUGAAACGUCCGAGCGAGGUGCGGGCAGCCGGCGCAACGGGCGCAAGGCCAGGAAGGAGCGAGUGGUCGCCGCGUUCUUUGCAGACUGCGAACAGCGGAGAGCUGCAUGGGCUGCCCGAGAGGAAGAGGAGAUGUGUGGCCCGCCCUCUCCAACGACGCAACACGAUUCUGCUAUGAAUCUGCCAGAUUUGGAGGCCUCGGAAACCGACGAUGUCGAGGCCCAAGAACGUGAGUCCAGUCCCGGAGCCGCACAUCCCAAUGCUUCCCUCGAAGGGGUGCCUCCUGGAGGAGAACCCCGGGCGCAAGCGGAUCUCCCGCUGCAUGACGUGCCCCGGACGAGGGCUGCUAUGGAGUCGACGGCGGCGCCAUCUGCUGGAGACAUUGGGUUAAUGGUACAGAACGAGGGCGGCGAAGCAAGGGCGUCGACGUCUGCGGCGCCAAAGACUGGUCGGCCGGCUCAGAAAAAGCGACGCAAACGGGCGGAAUCAAACUCUGUCCCAAUGGACGAGGCGGCUCGGGAGGCCGGUCGAGCGGCUGCGGCAGCUCAUCUCCAAGCUGUGGGGGCACUGAGGCCCUCGAGAACGCAGCGCGAGGGGCAAGCCGUUCAUCAAACGGAGCUGGGGGAUUUCGGAGGCCCGCCUGAUGCACCCGCCGUCGGGCUGGACCCGAGCCCUUCCUCCCCUCUGCCCUCUGUCGUCCUCCCUUCUCGGGAGGAAGACUCCGCCCUGAGCGCGGAGCAGACCCCCACAGGAGCCCCCUCUUCACCGGCCGGGGAAGAUGGACAGCCCCCAUCGCCUCCAACCCCCUCCCCCGCCGGGCACCCACCCUCUCCCCCCCUCGCUGACCAGCCCGAGGAGCCCUCGAUCAUAGCCCCGCCCCCCCUUGAAAACGCACAGCCCGAGGUGGUUCCCAGUCAGCCCCCAGCAGCCGCCCCUUCCCCUUCCCCCACCCACCAGGAGCAGCCGCCCGUCGACCAGGCGCUUGCAGCCGACCCGCCAAACCAGCCCCGGGCAGCGGACACAAGCCGGCCCGCUACAGCGGAGCCGUCCGCAGAGCCGUCGUCCGCACUUCCGCCCACGGAGCC